AUCUGGUAUAUUUUGAAAUGUAAUGUUGACAGUUUGUUUUAAUGGUUAUAAAGCUUUUAAUUUUUUGAAUUUCAGUGUCAAUAACUAAUUGUCUGACCCUCCUCAGUUGCUUAAUGAAUAAAAAAAAAUCUAAAAAAGCUUUACUUACACUUACACACAAUUCUGACACAAAUCAAUUAAAAUGUAAAAGUCCCAGCUUCCAGUCAUAAGCUUGAACCACUAGACUAGGAAGUGUCUGGGCCAAAGAUAUCACAAAUAAGUUAUUCCUGUGGAAUCAGGGUCCUGAACUCUAUAGUAUUGUCUGUAGACUUACGGUUUUGUAUUAACGUGAUUAUUCAAUCAAAAUGUAAAGAACUGUAGCAAAGGAUUUCCAUAAGGAUGAGAAUAAGCGAAAGGCAUGGAAGGCUGGGUAAGAAUUUCAGUGUUCAUGCUGUCUUUAGUAUUUUGAUAGUCUAAAUCAGUGUCAUGAACUUAUCAGCAAGAGGGUGAAAGGAGUUCAUCAUAGUAUGGAACCAAGAAGUACAUUCAGGUGGUCCCUUUACAGGCUUUGUGCUUGAGGCACAAAUAUUUGCUGCAUGGACAUUUGGAAAAAACCCUCACAUGUUGCUUUCCUGGGUGUGUAAGUUUUGUUUUCAGCACCUCAUCCUUCGAGCGUGUGAUGGUUUUAUGAUAUUUGAUGGGAAUUUUCCUCAUUCUUUUUGCAGGAGACAGUUGCUGUAACCCUGAAAGCAUGGGAUACAUUAAAAAAAUAGUGGAAAAUAAAAUACCAGGAAUAUAUGUUCUGUCACUACAGAUUGGAAAAAACUUGUUACAGGAUAUGGAGAACAGUUACUUCAUGAAUGUGAACCAACAAGUGGCACUGGUUUGUGACCAGCUUGCGAGGGACCCUCACUUGCAAGGCGGCUACAAUUCUGUGGGAUUCUCCCAGGGAGGCCAAUUCCUGAGGGCAGUGGCACAGAGAUGUCCUUCUCCUCCGAUGUUCAAUUUGAUUUCCAUUGGAGGGCAGCACCAAGCUUAUCUUUCUGCCCUAGGUGUGUACGGCUUUCCACGCUGUCCUGGGGAGAGUUCCCGCAUCUGUGAUUGGAUCCGAAAGAUGCUGGACCUUGGAGUCUACACGAAGGUGGUUCAGGAACGCCUGGUGCAGGCAGAAUACUGGCAUGACCCCCUGAAGGAGGAGGAGUACCGGAAAAACAGCAUCUUCCUGGCUGACAUUAAUCAGGAGAAGGGCAUUAAUGCGACCUACAAGAAAAACCUGAUGGCUUUGAAAAAGUUUGUGAUGGUGAAAUUUCUCAAUGACACCAUGGUAGAUCCUCCAGCCUCAGAGUGGUUUGGAUUUUACAGAAGUGGGCAAGCCAAGGAGACCAUCCCACUACAGCAGACCUCACUCUACACAGAGGAUCAGCUGGGGCUGCAGCAGAUGGACAAGGCAGGAAAGCUGGUAUUCCUGUCUGUGGAAGGAGAUCAUCUUCGCUUUUCUGAAGAGUGGUUCUAUACAAACAUCCUCCCCUUCCUACAUUGAAGCCGAUGUGUCAGCAGCCUGACAAGAGGAAGUGACUUUUAUC